AUGUACAGAGUGGGAGAGAGCGUAGAGGUCAAAGUCAUAUCUUUAUAUGCGUUACUUGAGAGUGCAUUUCCACAUCUUGAACUUAUAUUUAUACACCAGGAGAAAGACAGCGUCGACAAUGAAGAUGAUGACAAAAGCUUUGCUAAAAAUGGUGGCGACGACGAAGAGUAUGAAAGCGAGGACGAAGAAGGCAACUACGGCAAAAACGACGUCGAGGAUGACGACGACAAAGACGAAGGCGGCGACCGCGACGACACAGACGAAGAAAGCGACAACGACGACGAUGAAGACGAAGCCAACAGCGACGACGAAGACGAAGCCAACGGCGACGAGGAAGACGAAGCCAACUGCGACGACGAAGACGAAGCCAAAGCCGACGACGUUGACGAAUCCAACGGCGACUACGAAGACGAAGCCAAAGCCGACGACCAAGACGAAGCCAACGGCGACGAGGAAGACGAAGCCAAAGCCGACGACCAAGACGAAGACGAAACCAAAGCCGACGACCAAGACGAAGCCAACAGCGACGACGAAGACGAAGCCAAAGCCGACGACCAAGACGAAGCCAACGGCGACGACGGAGACGACCCACGGAAGACACGGAAAUGGGUCUCCCGGGAAAGUUCACCUCCCAGUAGCAGCCGCAGGAACCUUGAUGGCCAACGGGCGCCCACGGUCUGCUUGCCUCGGGGAUAA